UGUGUGGCAAAGUAUUUUGACGAGAACGGCCAACGAGUUCCAUGCGAGGGAGGACCGGUGGACACCUUACCGGAAUGUCCCGACUGGUCGCCCCCAACGUGUCUUAUUGUGUUUUGUGAGCUUGCCGAGUGUGAGCGUUACCCAGAUGCUGUGUGUCACACUGACUACUGUAAACCCUGCGAUUUCGUAUUUUAUGAUGAUCAUAACCAGAAACUGGACUGCUCCAUUGAAGCUCCACCCCCAGCCACCUGUGAGGGUGGUUACCGUGUGGGAGAGCGUUGGCAAGCAGCCUGUAUGACCUGUGAGUGUUCUCCAUCCCUCACCCCCGUCUGCAUAUCCCACGAGUGUGGACAAGCUCCACCCCUCCCUGACAGGUGUUACUGGGCCAAACAAACACCCGACGAAUGUUGCCCUUCCAAAAGGGUCUGUGAAGAAGCUAUAUCAGCCUGUCCCGACGGGUUCUCGGUUGCCCCGUCCUGCUCAGACACACUCUGUGACGCACCCUGUGAGGGUCAUCCAGAGGCCACGUGCCUCAUCAGUAGAUGCGGCGGCUGUGUGGCUAAGUACUUUGAUGAGAAUGGCCAACGAGUCCAAUGCGAAGGAGGACCGGUGGAAACCUUACCGGAAUGUCCCGACUGGUCGCCCCCAACAUGCCUCAUUGUGUUAUGCGAGCUUGCCGAAUGUGAGCAUUACCCAGAUGCUGUGUGUCACACUGACUACUGUAAACCCUGUGAUGUCGUAUUUUAUGAUGACCUUAACCAGAAACUGGACUGCUCCGUUGAAGGCAAAGUGGAUGAAAUUGAGUGUAAGGAUUCCUCCAAUGUCAAACAUGACGAGGGCGAGACGUGGAUGGAGGGAUGUAAUGAGUGCACAUGUAUGGAGACGGGCAUCCCAGCAUGCAGAGCUAAGACGUGUGACACUGCCACCUGUGAGGGCGGUUACCGUGUGGGUGAGCGUUGGCAAGCAACCUGCAUGACCUGUGAGUGUUCUCCAUCCCUCACCCCUGUCUGCAUAUCCCACGAGUGUGGACAAGCUCCGCCCCUCCCUGACAGGUGUUACUGGGCCAAACAAACACCCGAUGAAUGCUGCCCUUCCAAAAUGGUCUGUGAAGAAGCUAUUUCAGCCUGCCCGGAAGGUUCCUCAGUUGCCCCAUCCUGCCCAGACACACUCUGUGACGCACCCUGUGAGGGUCAUCCAGAGGCCACGUGCCUCAUCAGCAGAUGCGGCGGCUGUGUGGCUAAGUACUUUGAUGAGAACGGCCAACGAGUUCCAUGCGAGGGAGGCCCGGUGGAAACCUUACCGGAAUGUCCUGACUGGUCGCCCCCAACGUGUCUCAUUGUGUUUUGCGAGCUUGCCGAGUGUGAGCGUUACCCAGAUGCUGUGUGUCACACUGACUACUGUAAACCCUGCGAUGUCGUAUUUUAUGACGAUCAUAACCAGAAACUGGACUGCUCCGUUGAAGGCAAAGUGGAUGAGAUUGAGUGCAAAGACUCGUCCAAUCGCAAGCACGACGCUGGUGAGACGUGGAUGGAGGGGUGCAAUCGUUGUAUGUGCGAGGAGACCGGCUUGGCGUCCUGCAAGGCCGUCAAGUGCGUGGCCAGGGACAGCAACCUACCACCGCUGUGCCAGGUGGUGGCCACGGAGGAGGGCAACUGCUGUCCAUGGCGCGUCGUUUGCUACGAAGCUCUGUCGGAGUGCCCUGCAUUUUUCACAGUCGCCCACUCCUGCCCCGAUGACCUCUGCAUCGAUGCUUUUUGCGAAGAGCGCCCCCACGCCACAUGUCGCAUCAGCCGCUGCGGAGGGUGCUCUGUCAAGUUCUAUGACGAAAAUGACCAAGUCGUUGACAGCUGCUCGGGCCCACCAAUCAGCUCUGACGUCAUCUGUCACGAUACUGGUCCAGUGCGGACGUGCUUGGUAUCACCAUGCAUGACUGGCACAUGUGAGAGUCAUCCCGAGGCAGCCUGCCAUGUCGACUACUGCCAACCAUGUACGGCCAUCUUUCACGACAAGGUCAAUCAAGAACUUGAGUGCUCACCAUCAGCAGAUCCUGUGCCGGCCUGCAGUGAGACAGAAUACAUCACCACUCCCCAGGGCACCCAGUCGCUUCCUCGCUGCCAAAAGAGCGGGCAUUUCUCCCCGAAGCAGUGCGACACCACUGGUCAGUGCUGGUGCGUCAAUCUGGAUGGUUCCUUGGCUGCGGAACAACUGGACAUCCCACCCGGAAAGGACUUCAUCUGUGAAUCAGAUCCGCCGUGUCGCAGGGAGCUCAAGACGAACAACUUGAAGCGCCAACGAGGAGAUCCUGUCAUCACCGAUCCCGUCUGCAGCUUGACGGGCUGGUACGAGCCUGCUCAGUGCAGUCCCGUGACUGGCGAGUGUUGGUGUAGCGAGAAGGACGGCACGGUGGUGAUUGGAUCCCUCAAACAGCAAGGGGAGCCUCUCAAUUGCAAUGAGCCAUGCCUUGGCAACGUCGAUAACACCAUUCCCGACCUGGUGUGCGCCAAAUCGUACGACAGCUGCCCCAGGGAUGCCUUCUGUCACAUACCACCCAACCGCACCAGUGGCAAGUGCUGCUACCUGCCAGUCAGAGUCAUGCCCUAGCGACGGGCAGGCACGCUCUACCCUUGUCGUUGCUCAUUCCAGUGAGGGGCAGGUUGCAGUCACACAUCUGAAUGCAAUUCUUCUCUCAUCUUGUGUAAGGAGCUGGACGACCACCAAUGCGUUUGAGGAUUAAAACCUCACCAAAUUUUAAAAUCUAACAAUUUAAAAAUUUACAAAGUGGGAGCACUUUGUAAAUUUUAUGAGCGUUAUGAAAGUGAAACCGUGUAACACAUUUGUGGCUCCCACCAGUGGGAAAAUUUCAAACGGCUGAUGUCGGCAAUUUAAAAAAUCAAGACUGCCGUUUCCAGAAACAAAAGGUAAAGGCAACUGAAAAAGAUUAAAAUGCUUCUUUGUGUAAACCUUUAAAAGUUGGAAUUUUUGUUAAUUUGUAAUGCAUAAUUUGUGUGUGCUUUUUAUGUUGCUUCAAGUUUGUCCUGUGUUUUCAGUUUAGAUUGUUUGUGGUUUUUUGCCUUGUGUCGUGUAGGGUUACUUGCGAAGAUGAUGCCAGUCGAUUUGAAGUAGAAUAGACCACCGAGUCAAAUUUGAAAUGUACUUUCAUACUCCAGAAUUUCCUCUUCCAUCAUUUUACAUUUAAGUGAUUUUCUGUCACAAAAUUGUACUUGCUUUUCUAGAUUUGACAGUAAUAAACUUAAUAAGUGAAAAUGUAGUGUCUUUUUUCUAGCUUACAGUGCCAACGGGCUUAAAAUGUACCCGACGACAAUACAACUGAAAUUUUGCAUUUUUAGGUAAGCCGUACAGACCCCUCUAACGUAGCAACUGUGACACAAAUGAUCCUCAAUGAGAAUAACAAGUGAAGAAAUAUAAAAAAAAUAAGAGCAAAGCUAGCUUGGAACAAAACAGUGGAAGUGAGUUCAUUAAAAGAAUUUCACCCUUUUCAUAUUUGCUGCAAAGA